CGCUCCCUCGUCCAGCCGUCCACCGGUCCACCGUCUAUCCCACCGUCUCCAGACUAUCUAUUGUAAAUAUAAUAAUUGCAUCCGUGUUUAUCCAUACCACCCACUCCGCCGUUCUCCAACUGAUUCACAUUAACGUGAUUUUUCAACUUUUUCAAUAAUUCAAAAUGCAUGCCACUACUGCUCUCCGAAACGCUGUCCGCACCCCUCUCAUUCGCUUCGUCGGCAAGCGCUCUAUUCCGCAAUCUGUUGACCACACUCCCCGUCCUCACCCGGCGUCUCCCACCGGUGUCCUUCCUGACUCCUUUGCGGCCUACCGGGCCAAGGCUCAGCAGCACGGUCCCCUUGGCCGUGCCUCCUUCACCCAGGGCUCCGUUGGCCGCACCCCUGGAGCUGCCCUUGGACCUGUUCAGCCCAAACAGGGCGAGUUUUUCGACCGCGCCGAGCUCCCCAGACGCUUCCACCGCCUUCCCUACACUGAGGCAGAAAUCGAGGCCAUCGAGACUGGUGGCGCCAGCCUCUACGCUUGAUUUCGCUGACUGCGUUUGACCGGAUGAUUCGACGACGAUAUCCAAGACACGGACGAUGGACGAGUGGCAUGCUGAUACGCGAGAGAGGCGCUACACAACCCACUGUCGCUUCGCAAUUAUACGAGGCUGAUACGCUUCCUAGUGAAUGCGAGCCUUAGUGCUAUACUAAGACCCGGUUUGUCCGCGGCCUUUGGACUUUCUUUUCGACUUUUUUUGUUUAUGGCGCAGGCGGUUUUGCUAGUCUUCGUGCUUAGCGGUUCAUUUUAUUCUUCUGGCGCGCAUCAUGCGGGAUAUGUUGUUAUCAGGUUAUUGAGGUCAUAGAUGGCUAGUUUGGAAAAGUAUGGAAUGGAGCAAGUCUCACAUUCAUGUCCAU